GUCCACCUGACGGAAGGUCAGCAAUAACGAUGCUCCAAUCACUGCUGGCCCGGGCUCUCCUCCGGCGGCCAAUUCCUCCCGGCCAACUAAUCGAUAGUAGACUUCAUCAAUUACCGACGCUCGCACGGCUGGUGUCCACCACUCCCGGGCCCCCAGCAUCAACACCCCCGCUAGCCGCAGAGCCGGAAGCCCCAGACAUGUCCUUUGUUAAUACCUUUACAGCACGUAUCAAAGACGACAGCCGACGCCGCGGUUCUGGCGCAACAACCGGCUCCUCACGCAACCUGAAAAUGCGCACAUACAAGCCCCGCACACCAGGUCUCCGUCAUCUCAAACGCCCAAUAGAAGACCACCUCUGGAAAAAGGGCCCCUUCAGGCCAUUAACCUUCGCAAAGAAGCGCACUGGUGGGCGUAACCACACGGGGAGGAUAACAUGUCGACACAAAGGAGGUGGACACAAGCGGAGGAUCCGAACGGUGGACUUCCACAGGCUCGCCCCGGGCCAACAUACGAUCGACCGGAUCGAGCGUGAUCCGGGGAGGAGUGCUCACAUAGCACUAAUCACCAAUAACGCUACCGGCCGGAAGAGCUACAUUCUCGCGGCCGACGGCCUGCGCGCUGGGGAUACGGUGCAGUCGUAUCGGGAUGGUAUCCCCGACGACCUUAUGGCGGCUAUGGGCGGGCGGAUCGAUCCGGGCAUGCUGGCUGCCAGGACUACAACGAAGGGUAAUUGUUUGCCUAUGCAUAUGAUCCCGAUUGGGUCGGUCGUGUUCGGGGUGGGGUCGAAGGAGAAAGGUGGCGCAGUUUUUUGUCGGGCCGCCGGGACCUACGCUACCGUCGUGGCCAGGGAACCUACUACGAAGAGUGUUAUCGUCAAGAUGCAGAGUGGGGAGGUACGGAGAGUCUCGAAGUUUGCGGCGGCGACGAUGGGAAUUGCAAGCAAUACGACUUGGCAGCAUAGGCAAUUGGGAAAGGCUGGGAGGAGUAGGAAUUUGGGGAUCCGGCCGACGGUUAGGGGUGUUGCGAUGAAUGCUUCCGACCAUCCCCAUGGAGGAGGCCGUGGUAAAAGCCAAGGAAAUAAAGCCCCCGUCAGUCCUUGGGGUACCCCGGUACGUUUAUUUCUACCACAGCUCCUUCCACCUCGCCAUUCAUUUGUCCCCGUCCAUUACGUGGCUUGA